GAUGCGGAGACAGAGGGGUAUUGCUUGGCAGUCGUGGAGCCAGACUUCUGGGCUUUAGUUUGCUCUCCUGGAGAGCCAGGAGGGCCUAGGCAUUAUGCUAAGCCGCUAAUCCCUGAUCAGCCUCCUCCCCCUCCCCCCCCCCCAUUAGAUUGGCAAACAGCUUGAACCAGCAGGAGCUGAGAUAGGCCUGGCUAUAUAAACUUUCCCAGCCUGGCUGACUUGCCAACUCCAUCAGCACCGGGUCUUCAUGAUGGAAAAUCAUCUCUGCCUUAUCAUCUUCUUCCUCUGUCCGUCACCUGCUGUGCAUGGCUACAUCUGGGCCUGGAUGUACUCCCUACCUAAUCAGGACCCCAGCGAAGUGGCAGCCAUAGGCUCUGGACCAUCAGCUAGCCGGGACCUUAAGGCUGCUGUGUGCAGCCAGGAGGUGCCUUGUCCCCAAGGGCUCUUCUGCGACCACCAUUUUGGACUCUGCCUAAGCCGCCGAGAAGAAGGGGAGUACUGCCGCUGGGACACCCACUGUGCCAAGGGUUUGAACUGCAUGUUUGGCAGAUGCCACCUGAUUGUGCCAAGCGGGCAGGAAGGUGCCCGCUGCCACCAGGAUAAAGACUGUGGUCCUCAUGCAUGCUGUGCCCGCCUUCAUGGGGAAAUGGUUUGCAAGAAACGGCUGCAUUUAGGUGAUGGAUGCUACAUCCCCCAAGGAGGUAUUGCAUUCAGCUUGAAUCAAGUGUGUCCCUGUCUAGAAGGGCUUGUUUGCAGAAGGACCUCUUCUAAGCAACAGAUAGCAGCUGAGUACCGGCCAGAGAAAGGCGAGUGGCAAUGCCAGAAAAAAUAAGUUUUAAAAUAACAGUAUUUAAUAAUCCCUGUAAAUAGCACUGUACAUAGAGUUGUUCUGCCCUUUGUGUCUCUGUCUGGAUGUUUUUAAAUAAAACAAGCCAUAAAACCUA